UCUCCGAGAGAGACCAGAAAACUCGAUGCAGAAUACUACUUUUGAGUGCAAUAGAAGCCUAUAGGUGUUUAAUGAACCCGUGGCGCUUCCCCGGCCGGGUUUGAGCGUCGCGGGCAGUGCUUGUCGAGUCGACUUCAGCUGUCAUCACGGGCACGGGGGCGCGCCGACUGCGCGGAGUCUGGGAGCCAAAAUCCUCUGUGGAGGAGAGGCCAACGCCCGGGGAAUUCCUACCCUUUUUUAGUGAGGCACAUCUUCCCGCGUUUGCCUUUGGAUACGUCGAAUGCGUGGCGGAGCGGUUGCAGUUGUGAAGCCAAGGCAGCUUGUUAGACGCACCACUAACCUGGACGUCUGGCAAGUAUGCAAGCCAGCCUCGGAGCAUCAGUGUGUGGUAGUGUGUGGUCGCACGGCGCGCGCCAUGGGGGGAUUCCGGCUCUCCACGGUGACUGCGUCACCGCUCCCUCGAGUGUCUGUUUGAAUGUGGUGCCAGUCGCGUUGCAUGGUGAAAAGCUGAUUCCUUCGAUAUUUGAUGUUUUCUACUAUGAAUUGCCUCUGAGACCAUCAUGCCACAUUCACGAAUAUUUUGCAUCGCGAAAUCCUGUUAUAAUUAUCAACCGUCACCCUGCUCACCAGCAUUCUUCAACCUACCUAGUGACUCAGAGAGUCGUUUAAAAUGGAUUGAGAAUGCUGGGCGCCUGGAUUUGAAAGAUAAAAACAGCUCCAUUCUGUCAGGAAAAUAUUAUAUUUGUGCAGAUCACUUUGAGCCGCAUUGUUUUGACGAUCCAGUGAAGAAAGUGGCUCUAAAGAGAGGAGUCAACAUAGUUCCUACCAUUUUCAAAAAUAACCUCGUAUCACUAGUCAAUAUGGAUGGCGAUAAAACCUUUCGAGACAGUCAAAAUACUUUGGCUGGAACUGUGCUUGCUGAAGUUGAAUCAGCUCAAGAAAUUCUUAAUUCUGCUGUUGUUACCGACGAUGUAUUGGACACAGCAGAAUGGACCAACAUAGUGGCCGUCAGUUUAGGUGACGAUGGAAAUCUCAUGUGUGACACAUUAAAUUCUCCCUCUCAGACUUUGUCGGAAAACACAGUGUGUUUUGCUACAGAAGAGACCCCUGAAUCAAAUGAGAUGGUCAUGGAAUGCCUGAUGCUUUGUCGUCUUUGUGCUGCUCUUGUCCAGCUCAGUAUGCUGGUUCCAGUCUUUGGCGAUGAUUCUGACAUCAGUUUGAGAAAUAUGCUUAAUCGGAUAAUUCCUGGCCAAGUGCUAAUGGAUGAUGGCCUACCUCAGCGUGUUUGUACCAGUUGUGUUGAGCGAGUACAGAGCUGCUCUCAAAUUAUUGAUUCAUUCAAAGCAGCUGACACUCGUCUACGUCAAAUGGUGGAGUUGUGUAAUUUUGGUGAAACAACUGUUGUGAGGGAUGGAACAAUUACUCUGCAAGGCGAGAGUGGUCUCCCAAUCAUUUUACAAACAGUGACUGAGAAUCCACAAGAAGAACUGGAGGAUAUAGGCAACAGUAUCAGUACAAAUUACUCUGGUGAGGGAGCAUCUUUCAGAUUAGGUAUGAAGGAAGUUCCAAUUUCCAACUUGGAUUCUACUGAGCAUAUUUCUAUUGAUGCAGUGAACUUCAAUAUUCAUGUUGAAGAGGAAAGUUUAGGCUUUAAUGAAACUCAUCAAAUUAAAUGUGGUGUAUGCCAGCAGGUGUUUAAUGAACAAGCUGAACUUGUUUCUCAUUGUGUUAACUACCAUUCUAUAAAGCUUGAGGAUGGUUCUGUCUUUGUACCAGAUGAUGUUACUAGUGCUUAUCAGUGUACAAUUUGUGACGACGUAUUUACUAGUGGAAGCUGCCUGAAAAAUCACAUGUUCUCUCAUGUUCUAGGAACUUUUGAAUGUGGUCUAUGCAAAUUAACUUUUAAUGAUAAAAAUGAUCUUGAUACGCAUUUAAGUGAUGAGCAUAGUGACACCCUAGUUUUUAAGGAGAACUGUGAUGAUUCAAAAAGCUGCAAAUGUGAGCUAUGUGGCAAAGAAUUUAGGAAUGUUAUUGCUUUAAGGAAGCAUAAAGCCACUCACACAGGAGAAAAAACAGUUCUUUGUUCACUAUGCGGAAAAACUCUUGCAAAUCUCAAUAGUUUACGCGUGCAUAUGCGCACCCACUCUGAUGACAGACCUUUUACUUGCUCAGAAUGUGGGAAAUCUUUUAAGGGACCCUCUGAACUCCGUUCUCAUUCUAUUACUCAUUCUAGAGAAAAAGUUCACAACUGUCCAGAGUGUGGUAGAAAAUUCCAUUCAAAAGGAUUAGUGAGACAACAUAUGUUAAGUCAUACAAAUGACAAACCCUAUAAGUGUGAUAUGUGUACUGCUUCCUUCAAUCGACUAGGUAAUUUAAAUCAACACAAGAAGAAGCAUAUUGAUAAACCAGCUGCACCUGUUGUAACACCUUAUGAAUGUGGUGCUUGUGGGAAAAGAUUUCAAUCAAAAUUGACCUUGAAGUACCACAUUGCAAAGCAUACAGGUGAUAAAUAUCCAUUUGACUGUGAAAUAUGUGGGAAAAAGUUUAUUGCUCUAGAUCCCUACAGAGUUCAUAUGAGGGUCCACACUGGAGAGCGCCCAUUUGAAUGUGAAAUGUGCAAAAAAUCUUUCCGUAGCUCAGGGACACUGAAGCAGCAUAUUGCAUCUCUUCAUCGAGAUGAUUUUCCUUUUGCUUGUUCCUAUUGUCAACGUAGUUUCAAGAGACUACAGUCCUUAAUAGUUCACAAAAAAACACAUACCGGAGAAAAACCAUGGCUUUGUUCACAGUGUGGCCGAGCCUUUGCUCAGAAAGGCGACAUGAUCAAACACACUAAAACACAUCGCACCCACGUUGAAGAAGAGGAGAUAAUUAUGGAGGGAGAUACUAUGGAUGAUUUGGCUCUAGAUAAUGAAAUUUCAAAAAUGAUAUUUGGUUAGUUAUUAUGCAACUUGAACAUGUAUAAAUGAAACUAUUUGUUGUUAUUAUUUAUUAGUUUAUAUAUUUCUUUUUACAAAGAGUUGUGUGUUAUGUAUGUGAUAUUUGUUUCAGUUUCUUUGAAACUGUAAUUGGACCAAAUAAAUAAGGAACUCUCUGCACUAA